GAAAACUAACACUUUAAACCGCCCCCUCAAAGUCAUGUCCUCCUGUUCUUAGAAAUAAUCUGAUUGGCAGAGAGUUUCGGUUCCAGAAAUAUCACGUACUUCACAUUGGUAGUUUGUUAUUGGGACUGAGUUUAAGAAAUACAUGAACAUUAGGUUACUAGUAUCUUCUGAAAUGGCAGCUUCCGGAUCAGAACCUUCCCGUCAAAAAGUAAAACAAUUAGAAGACUUCGUUAAAUAUACAUCUGAAAGUGUCGACAUUAAGAACAGAUACCCCUGUGAACAGUUAGACAAACAUGCAUCAUAUGUUAAAAAACUGGUUGAAACUAUCAACGAAAAGAACGGUGAAUACAAUCCAGUUUUUAAAAGCCGUGUUGAACCCUGUGGAAGUUAUUCAGAUAAUCUAAAGAUUAUGGAGCCUGAUGAAUUUGACUUCAAAAUGGUGAUGGAUUUGUCUAAACAACCGGGUAUAAAUGUGACGGACGUCGAACCUGAGUGUGGAUACAAAGCAUGGGGGUAUGGCUACGUCAUCGUGGGGCCUGAGGUUGAGACACUUGAUCUUCCUACAACAGUCAACUCUAGGGAUGAGUAUUCCAAACAGGUACGACUCAGUAACGAAUUCAUAUCAAUAAACGUGAAACAAGCUGUUAUAAGGUCCCUGGAGCAUAUAGAGAACGUGAACUUCAUAGGUGAGAGGAAACUUGAUGAUCCGGAAGAAUGUACGCGUAUUUAUAAUCCAGGUGAGAUCAGUAUACACACCGACCCUAAGAGGAAUAACCAUACGCCUGGGCACGGGCCAAGUAUUUGGCUUAGAGUUGGUACCGAACUCUGCACCACUGAUAUUGAUUUGUGUUUCUGUAUUGAGAAACUACAGAAGUCGCCAUCAACAUCAGAAAGUCGUAAAUUUCUAAUUUAUACUGAUGACACUAUGGCGGGAUGCUGUGGUACGUUUGCGCACUGGUUGGAAUCAGUGAUUGAUCCACCUGGUGAUAGGGUUAUGCAACUGAAUGUGAAACAUCGUCAACUACUAUUGACUCUGAAAUACAUAGUUAACCUCAUGAGGGAGUGUUGGAGCGGAGACCUAAACAAUACGUUGUAUUACAAUAUGUCGUCGUAUUUCCUCAAAACCGUUCUGGUUCAUCACGAGAAAACUUGCCAAGCCAGGAAUGUCGGGGAGUGCUUUGAAAAUGUGAUCGAAAUGUUCUGUGAGUGGGAUACUAAUUCAAACACAUUCCACAUUGGUGACGUCACUUACGUACGCGAUAUACACUAUAAUAGGAAUCUGAAAGCGAGGCAGUUGGUUGUCAUAGGAGUGGUAUGGUUUUUUCAACAAAUAAGGCAUUCUCCCACUCAUAGUGCCUUGUGGCGCUCAAUAUUGGACAGUGAUGCCUCAAAAGAGGAGUUUUUAAUACGCUUCAGAGAGCAAUGUCAUUUCAAAGCACUAAAAGAUGGAGCCACGAAGAUGGGACUGAAACUGUGGUGAAAUGCAAGGGUCGCUAUGACAUCAAAGUACAAUAAAACAAGGGACAUUCCUUUUAAUGGCCAAAAGUAUUUUCUGUAGACAGGUCAGAGAAGGCCCGUGUAUACUUCAAUGAAAUUGUUCAAUGAAGAGAUGUGUUACAUUGAACAGAUUUUCUGUAAAUAACAUUUAAUAUACACUGAAAUAUCACUAUUAAUUUUUUAAACAACUGACAAAAUAUCACGAAGAUGACUCAGAUUGGAUUAUAUUCUCACACACUGCCAUCUCUUCAGUUUUCUGUCGUUGAACUUGUGAUUAGUGAAACACGACUUUAAUAACAAUAAGGUUAUAGGAUUAGAAAUUAGAAAGCGUAAGUUAUAAUGAAACUGCAUUUCUGAGGUUUUAACAAAAUCAGCACAAAGGGCACUUGAUGUUAUAGUUGUCAUAUUUUAUAACUUGGUGAAUUGACACAUGAUUUCUGGG